AUGUCGCUGAAUCCCGAGCCAUCCGCGCCUGAGGAGCGCGCAGGACAAGACCUCCCGCCCAAGACGUACGCCAACGCCGCCGAAGAAGCGCUCGAGCCAGAAUCACAUGCAAACCACACGGAUGGCACCCUCGAGCACGCUGGGAGGCGCGUGAGAGACAAGGCAGAGCAAGUCAAGGCCAAUGGCAUCAAGAUCCCGUCUGCAGAAGACAAAGACAGUCUCGAAGGGGUUGGCUUGGACUCGUCGCCCAAGAGCCCGACAGUAAAGGGCCAUCGCCGGGGCGGGUCGCGCAGCUCUCCUGCCCGCAAGCGUGGCGAACACACAGAGAACGGACUCUAUGAGAAGCAUCAGAACGGCCAUGGUGAUGCGCUGACAACCGUCAAGCCGUCGCUGGAGCUCGACAAGGGCGCGAGGACGGAUGCUCUCAAGCGUAGGAAUUCAGAGCUCAAGUCGGGACGACAGGCUGGUGCUGGAUGGGCCAGGAGCAAAAUACGAUUUGCGCCUAUGAACGUACCGCUACAGCGCCGCCUCCAGACCCUCGCCGUACUCAUGCACACGCUCAGCAUCGUCGGCGGCCUCGCCAUAUUCUUCUUCCUCUGCAGCAUACCUGUGCUCUGGCCCAUCCUCCUUCCCUACACCGUCUACGUCCUCUUCUCCAAUGCUGGCACAUCGGGCGAACUUUCCCUCCGCAGCGAGCGCCUGCGACGCCUCCCCGUCUGGUCGCUUUUCGCGUCAUACUUCCCCGCACGUCUGCAUCGGUCGCAGGAGCUGGAGCCUACAAGGAAGUACAUAUUUGGCUACCAUCCCCAUGGUAUCAUCUCUCAUGGCGCAUUUGCUGCGUUUGCAACAGAGGCGUUGGGCUUCUCCCAGCUCUUUCCUGGCAUCACGAAUGCCUUGCUGACGCUCGACUCCAACUUCCGCUACCCCAUCUACCGCGAGUACGCCCUUCGUCUGGGCAUGGCCUCCGUGUCCCGCGAGUCCUGCGAAAACUUGCUAUCUAAAGGUGGAACUAAUGGCGAGGGCAUGGGCCGCGCCAUCACCAUUGUUGUAGGUGGCGCCAGCGAAUCCCUCGACGCUCGCCCCGGCAUCGUACGCCUCGUCCUCCGCCGUCGCAAAGGUUUCGUCAAGAUGGCGAUUCGCACCGGCGCCGACCUCGUCCCUGUGCUUGCAUUUGGCGAAAACGACAUUUACGACCAACUCGACACCGAGUCGCAUCCGUACAUCCACAAGUUUCAGUUGCUCGUCAAGAAGGUCAUGGGAUUUACGAUACCCAUAUUCCACGCACGAGGCAUCUUCAACUACGAUGUCGGCAUGAUGCCUUACCGCAGGCCCAUAAACAUCGUGGUCGGACGGCCCAUUAGAGUGGUGCAGGAUAAACACCCGGAUGCCGAGUAUCUGGAUGAGGUCCAUGAGAAGUACAUUAGUGAGCUCAUGCGCUUGUGGGAGGAGCACAAGGACACGUUUGCGAAGCAGCGGACUGGCGAGCUCGAAAUUGUAGAGUGA